AUGCCGGACGCCUCAACAACCGGUGCCUCCACCAACGGCGACAGCGCUCGCCGCCGUGAGCAUAACCAAGGCAACCAAGCGCGCAAGUACACGCCGGAACAAGAGGCCACGGUUCAACGCAUCCGCCGCUGCAAUCCGACCGCCUUUUACGAGAUCCUGGACAUCCCCAAGACUGCUUCUGACGCCGAAGUCAAGAAAGCAUACCGCAAACUUAGCUUGCUAACUCACCCGGACAAGAAUGGACACCCACACGCAGACGAGGCGUUCAAGAUGGUCGCACGGGCGUUUAGUGUGCUGGGAGAUAAGGAGAAGAGGGAAAAGUUUGAUAAGUGGGGGACGGAUCCGGAUAGUAGAUUUGCGCAGGCGCAGGCGCAGGCGCAGGCUGCUGGUGCGGGGAUGGGGGGAACUGGAGGGAAUCCGUUCAUGGGCAGGAGAGGGCAACCGAUGUGGGAUGAGGAGAUUAGUCCGGAGGAGCUGUUCGCGAGGAUGUUUGGCGGGCCGUUCGGUGGGUUUGGAGGGCCUUUUGGAGCCUUCGACGGUCAACAAUUUGUUUUCAACUUCGGCGGCGGCCCUGGCAUCCGGGUUCACCACUUCGGCGGACCGCGCCCACGAACCCGCCCACGCAAUGCGCAAAAUAAUCGCGAUAACAACAACGAAAUCCCCUGGUGGACGCAGCUCGCUGGCUGGUUGCCCAUCCUCAUCCUCGUCUUCUGGCCUCUCAUCUCAACGCUCAUCUCGGGCCUCACAUCGACCUUCACUCCCGCAACCCCCUCCAUGGCGUUUGACGCGCCGAACCCCCCGCUGUACACCCUCGAACGUACCAUGCCUAACCUCGGCUUCAAGUACUACCUCAACCCGGCGGACGUGCACUCGUACAGUGCACAUAAGCUGGCUAGUCUAGAUAAGAAGGCUGAGGUAGUGCUCGUGCAGCAGUUGAGGCUGCAGUGCGAGAACGAGAUGGCGCAUAAGGAACGGUUGCGGGAGGCGGCGAGGGGUUGGUUUUAUCAGGAUCAGAAGAAAAUGGAGCUGGCGAAUAAUUAUGAUAUGCCGGCUUGUAGGAGGCUGCAUUCGCUUCGGGUGUGA